CACUGUCACGAACAUAACAAAACACUUUGAGGUUGUUGUUCGUUUUCGUUUUCUCCCAAACACACACAAACCUCAGUUUGAUUCGUUGAGGUAAUGGCGUUUCUGCACCAAAUCGGAAAACGUAAGCUGAAAACCGUGUGCAUCCAAUUGCGCAGAUGCUACAUUCGUCUUCCGCAUGAUUCUUCAUUGAAUUCCACCCCCAAACCUUACCCUUCGGAGAUUCCACGUCCGUGCUCGGUUUUUCAUGGUAGACCCUCAAGUGUUUAUAAUAGCGUCAGGUUUUUCGCUGCUCCCAUUCAGUUUCAACCAAAGCCCAAGAAGGAGGAGGACAAUGGGCCACGGCUGAAUGACGAAAUCAGAGCUCAAUUUAUCAGACUUGUGUCAGAUGAUGGGCAUACAGUAGUGUCAAGGUUUCAAGCAUUGGAACGUGCCAGGAAUCUUAAACUUGAUCUAGUUGAGGUUGAUAAAAAUGCUAAGCCACCAGUUUGUAAGAUUAUGGACUUCCACAAGGAAGCUUACAAAAAACAAGAAAAGGAUAAGGAGCGUGCUAAAAGCAAGUCUGAGGUGACAUUGCGAAAGGGGGAAUGUAAGGAAGUGCGAAUUUCUGAAAAAACUGAAUCAAAAGAUAUUAAGAUGAAAGCAGAUAUGGUUAAAAAGUUAAUGGAGAAGGGUUAUAGGGUGAAGUGCAAGGCAACAUCAAGCAAUGAAAAUGCAGACUUGGCAGGAUCAUCUUUGUCUCGUCUUUUGGCUCAGAUAGAAGAUGUCUGUGUUGUGGAGAGUGGACCACAUAUAGCAAGAAAAGAAGUCUAUAUGGUAGUCAGACAUGUUAAAUAUGGACCAUCCAAGAAAGGUGCGAAAAAACCUCAAGAUGCGGCACAGAUGGCUCUGAAGGCUGAGGAGGGAAGUGCCAAUUCUAGUGAUUCUAUUGAAGAUAAGAAUCACAAUUCUGCUGAAUCUGGGUUUAAGUUUGAGGAGGUGAUUUCUGAUGGUGACAAUCAUAUUUUCUUCUCGGAUGCGAGUACCAAAGACAAAGAUUCAGGAUCUCCUGCUGUGUUAGAAAAUAGGUAUAAAAGAGCUGAUCAUCCGGGCGAAAACAAGUCUCGUUCCAACACGCCCAACACGCAAGUGCCUCCUGCUGUGGCCGAGAACAGGUACCAAAGAACUGAUCCUAGAAACCGGUUCCAACAAACAAUACCACCAAAUACUACAGGUCCAGGAGUAAGAGAUGGAGGCAGAUGGACACCCUCGAAUCCGAAUGAGCCGAGAAACCGAUACCAACAAACAGCAUCAAAUAACACAGGUCCAGGAGUAAGAGAUGGAGUCAGAUUGUCACCCUCGAAUCCGAAUGAGCCGAGAAACCGAUACCAACAAACAGCAUCAAAUAACACAGGUCCAGGCGUAAGGGAUGGAGUCAGAUCAACACCCUCAAAUCCGAAUGAGCCGAGAAACCGAUACCAACAAACAGCACCAAAUAACACAGGUCCAGGAGUAAGAGAUGGAGCCAGGUGGACACCCUCGAAUCCGAAUCAGAUGAGGCAUGCCCAGGUCGAUAGCAAUGUUCAUCCCAGAAUUGAAAAUACCAACCAAGGUAUUAACAUAACUCCUGGAUCAAGAAACUCAAUUCCUUCACCUGACACUGUCACCAGGAACCCUGGAGCUCCCACUACCCCACGUACUGGUUUUGGCAUUUUCAGUGCUUCUAAAGGUCCUGAGGCACAAGGUAGUAACAGUAGGGAUGCCUAGGCGCAAAGAAGGGAACUCUCAGGGCUGUACUAGUCUCAGUGAGUUCGAGAAACAACACAUAUAGCUUGUUUGGAUCAACUUAUUUUUCAUCAGAAUCAAUUCUGGCAACCAGUAACUAUUCACAAAAGCUUCUUUCCAGAACUGAUUCUGACUUUAGAAUCAACUAUUCAAAUGUGGAAGAAUUUCCAAACUCGCACUUAGUGUCUUUGGACUUCCGUUGCAAUCUAUUGUGAGAUAUGAAUUUCCCUUGAAAGUGCUUUUAAGCAUUGGUGGCGGAACUCCAAACAGAUUAGAUAAAGGGUGUUGGCAACUCUUGCAUAGAAUAGAUAGGCUUAACUAAUAUAUUCAUGAUAAUGACAAACAUGGUCUCAUGACAGACUAUUUUGUUUAGAAACAUGGAUGGAUGAAACUAUGAGUAACACAUUCACAGGCUUGCAGCUGUAUUUAUCUUGGCUGACGCCUCAGUUUUUUGAGGUGUUUUGCAUCAUUUAAUAAUGUUACUUUUGGAAUCGAAACACAAUUUUGAUUUUGUGGAGAAGGGGUUUGUUAACUACCCCAGGGGAAAUUUUGAUGUAUUAUGUGAUUCUAUUA